GCCUACCUCUUGCCCUCCGCCCGAACACUGCAUCUCAUCUUCCUACAGCCUACAGCAGAAUGGGAAAAGACAAGGUCCCUCCUCCCGCCUACACCCCUCCUGCUCCCCAAUACCCUGCCGGACCUCCAGCCCCGGCGCCACUGUAUCCUACCGGCCAGUAUCCUAGUGCCCAGUAUUCCAGCUUCCCGGCCGCUAGCCACGCCCCCUACCCAACCGCUAGCCCUGCCCCGCAAACCACGGUUGUCAUGGCAACUCCCCAGCCGGCCCCUCAAAUGGUCAUGGUGGCACCCACACACCAGCAAGCCCUUCCGGACCAUGUGAAGAUCUCCAAGGGCAAGUUGGGAUCCAAAGCCACCAGGACCACCUGUGGCAACUGCAGGCAGAACAUGGAGACCAGAGUGAUCUACGAACGAGGAUGCUUUGCCUGGACCAUGUGUAUCCUCAUGUGCUGUAUAGGUUUGUUCUUCGGCCCCUGCCUGAUCCCCCUCUUCAUGAAGAAGUGUAAAGAUGCCCACCACUACUGCACUAUGUGCAAUAAGAAACUGUGUGUCCACAAACGAUGCUGCUGAUGCCCCAUGCUAUCUCUCUAUCUCUCUCUCUCUCUCUCUUUCUCUCUCUCUCUCUCUCUCUCUCUCUCUCUCUCUCUCUCUCUCUCUCUCUCUCUCUCUCUCUCUCUCUCUCUCUGUCUCUCUCUCUCUCUCUCUCACACACACACACACACACGCACACACGUGCAAUAAGCAACUGUGCAUCCAGAAACACACACAUAUAUUGUUGUAUCUUUCGGUAAAUCGAUGCUCCUUCACACACACAAUGUUACUCUGCUCAACUUGUUGGUAGAGAGAUAUUCCUACAUGCACAGUGCUUACUGCUGAUGAUGCAGAGGCAUUGCUGCUCCAUGUUGUGAUCCACAGGUCAUACUGCUCCACCUAGUGGUAGUCUGUCAUAAUAACACACACCUACUGACACAUCACCCUAGCAGGGUGCUGCUCAUACACAGAUGCUGCACUGCUCCACCUAGUGGAAGAAAUAUGUUCCUACAUCCACACACGCAGCACACUGUUUGGGAGAACGAUGCUCCUGGGUGAUUCUACAAUUAUGGUACUAUAUGUCCCUGGCGAAUUAGUUGAAAAUUAACUAUGUAGGCCUAUAUAUGCUACAUAUAUUAUUUAACCACAUUUAGUACUUAUUAAUACCCUGAGGUCCGACCGGUCACCAGUGACAUUUUGCCUCUGUCCCUGGGCCUGACUUUUGGCCUUUGACCUUGUUUCGGCCUACCUUAGGGAUAGAAUAAUACAUUAAUGUCAAAUCAGAUCAUAAAACAUUAAUUUACAUCCAUGUAAGUAAACAUGUGUUGUAUUAAAAAUAAUUAUUUUUAAAAUAUCAAAAUUUUCACAUGUUGAACACCUGUCCCUUUGAUUUAUUGUCAUUUCCACUACUCUGUACAAACUACAAUCUCAGGCGCCUUGCUUUAGAAAUAUUUUGUCAGUAACCACAGGAACAGAAGCUUCAGAGAUCUCCCAACUGGUGGUAAGAAAAACAACAAACAUCACGCCAAAUAUGGCUUAAACUCAGUAGACACUUUAUGUAUGCCAUUUCCAAACUGUUUAUAUUUCAUGAGAACAACAAAAAAUCAGGAUUUAUAAAAGUCCGUUAUCUAUUAUUUGUGAUCAUCUAAUGCUAUGGUAAAAGGUAAGGGUAGAAUGCAGCUAGCAUGAGAUUUUGGAGGGAAAGUGAGGAAAUGUAAUUUCCGCAACUGUCAUUUCCACUACUACUUCAAUGAUGGAAAUUGAUUUUUUUCACCUGGUCUGGAAAAAAAUAUCAAAAAUGUAAUAAAUUAUUUAUCUAACAUGAUCAUUGCCAACAUCUCCAUUCAUCAACAGAAUGUGAAUACUAAGGCAAUACCAAAAGUUAUGUUUUCUCAUUUCCUUAAAAAAUGCACCCAAUAUUGAUAGCUUUAAAUCUAGACUCAAGACAAAGCUGUUCUCAGAUGCUU